AUAACCACUGGUGAUUGCUUUUGGAGCCAAUGAGGAGCUAUGAUGUCUUACUUCUAAGCCUACGGUAUUACUUUUUGUACCCAUAGUGCGUAGGUGGCUCAGUAGGUAAGUAAGUACCUACAUCUAAAUAGAAAUGUGCCUAACUUUAUUACCUCAACUUCUGUGCUUCUUAACCAGUGCUGAUGAUGCCUUUCAUUUCACUGUCUCUCUCCUAUCUGUCCAUCAUAUGGUCUCUAAUGUUUUGUCGUUUGAUAACAGCUUUAAUCGGACAAUUUUUCAUGUUGUCGCUGCAGUGUACUUAGGAAAUCUAUCAAACAGCGCGUCAAGGGUUACAUCAGAUUCCUAAUCGGGGCCCAUCAACAACUCCGGAUCAACGAUGCAUGUCCAUGAGAGCGGAGUCGCCCGACCGUAUUUCGCAAUGGCAAAGCAAAAUACCAGUGCUAGCAAACACAAACACAUGUCUUGAAA